AUGGACAGAGCUAUUGCUUUUCUUGUCCUUCUUUUCAAUCUGGCCACGCUAUGCAUUGGCCAGUUCGGUGGAUUCGGUAAUCCAUAUGAAGGCGGUUUCAGCGGUUUCGGAGGGUAUGGCGGAGGAUAUGGUCCAGGGUCCGAUGACCGAUUCGCCAAUCAUAUCAGGUCCUGUGUGCCAUUCUAUGAUCUAAUGCAGAAACACAUCAAAGAAGGCACUGGCAGACGCCAACAGCCAUUUCUUUCCAUGACAUUGGUAGGAGCAUAUGUGUUCCCAGACUACUCCGUUGUGACAACAGAAGCUGAUGGUCGCUUUGGGCAAGCAGUUUAUUGCCGAUAUCUUGACGUGAACCUGAAGGAAAUCACACCUGCGGUGGAGUCAGUGGUGUUUCCUGAAUUUACUGUAUACUGCUGUCGACGUAGUCAAGCUCAUUACAUGAGUAUAACCACCACCAAAGGCGAAGAGAUUAAUCAAACAAUCCAAGAAUACACUUUGUCAAUGUGCGUAAAACCCAUGUAUGGCAGUGAUACGAAAUUCCUGCUUUUUGCUGAAUACAUUGAACAUUAUAAACUGCAAGGUCUGAUAAAACAUUACGUAAAGAGUGGUGAGGCCGAAGUGGUGUACUUCAGAGAAAAGCAAGACAGACCGAGUAUCGAAUGGCAUCUUGUUGGCACGCAGGAUUGUAUCCAUCGAAGCCGACAUCAUUCCAAUUACACGAUCUAUGCCGAUUUAGAUGAGCGUAUUUUGCCCACGGACACGAACACAACCCUGUCUGCCUAUACUACGAAAAUCAUGACGGAAAAGCCGAAUAUCGGAAUGAUUCGAUUUGUGACGCAGUAUGUGCUGAAGAACGGCACAGAUCCCGUUGUAUACGAGAGAUCAUCUACCAACGCUCGUCUAUCACAACAGUUCAGCACCUACAUCCAUUGGAUAUACUGCGAAGUGUAUCAUAGAUCCCAAAAAAGUUUUUCUGAUGUGGGUACAUCAUGUGGAAAAUCAUAUUUCACUGGUGCUAGGUGGAUAUUGAGUCCCCAUAAAUGCAAUAGGCCAUAUCAGCAUGGUCUCUCUACCCUCAAUUAUCGCAUACCAUCCAAAGAGAAAUUGUUUUCGACAGGCUUAUUUCUCAGACACUACCGUGACAUCAUGUCAGGCGACUGGUACAAGUACUACCUAUCAGACGUGGAAAAAUUUGGACCAUUCAAGAUGACCGAGUAUCCUCCAACACUUAUAGAACCACUGUAUCAACAUGUGUAUAGGAAACUCGAUCUAGUGUACAUGAGUUAA